GUGAAGGUCUGGUCUCCCUUCUGUCAAAUUUAGGUAACCAACCGCGCGCGGCGCUGCUGGCAAGGGCGGCCAGCCCCCAGUGCUAACUAGCGGUCUAGUCGUUACGUGCGGAACCAAAGUUGCAGUCUAGGUUUCUAGCCGGGCGCGAAGAGACGAGCAACUCCGGCUACCGGCCGCGCUGCGGAAGCACGCUUGCCUCCUGGGGAGCGCUUCUGCGAUCGCGGGAGUCCGACUCUCUUCUCUGCUGACUCGGGCUGCGGAGAGCGAGACGAUGAAGACGAAGGCCACCGCGCCGGUGCCCCAACCUGGGCCUAUCAAGAAGCUCGCUAGGAAGAAAGCCAAGAAGAAGAAGAAGUUCAGGAAGAGCAAAGCGCUGGGAGGAAGUGCGACUCCGGGAAGCCGCCCGGCAGCAGUGGCAAGCGGACCGCCCAAGGCCCCAGAGAACUUUUCUCAGAAUUGGAAGGCGCUGCAAGAGCUGCUGAAACAAAAGUCCCAGGUCCCAGAAAAACCUCUUGUCUCUCAGAAGGAUGACAAAAUGCACCCCCAAAUAAUCCAGCAGAACAGAAAAAAGGCCUCAGAUAAAUCAAAGGGAGACAAGAAGAGGACAGAAAAAGACAAGAGCACUAGUAGUUCUGUUACAUCUGCACCUAAGGACAGGAAGAUACUAGUACCUCCCACAAAUACCUCUGGAACAGAGCAGAAGAAAGGAGCCAAGAGGACAUACAGUGACAUCUCUUCUCACCCAGAGGAUAUCAAACAGGCAGCUGCCGACUUGAAGCAGGCCGUCCCCACUGAGGAAGACAUCUGGUUUGAUGAUGUGGAUCCAGAUGAUAUUGAGGCUGCCAUAGGCCCAGAGGCAGCCAUGCUGGUGCGGAAGAGGCUGGGGCAGAGCAAGAGUACCAUCUCCCUGGUGAAGGAACAAGCCUUUGGCGGCCUGACAAAAGCCUUGGCCCUGGAUUGUGAGAUGGUAGGCGUGGGUCCCAAAGGGGAAGAGAGCAUCGCAGCCCGUGUGUCCAUCGUGAACCAGUAUGGGAAGUGUGUUUAUGACAAGUACGUCAAGCCAACUGAGCCAGUGACUGACUACAGGACAGCCGUCAGUGGGAUCCGGCCUGAGAACCUGAAGCAGGGAGAAGAGUUUGAAGUUGUGAAGAAGGAAGUGGCAGAAAUGCUGAAGGGCAGAAUCCUGGUGGGGCAUGCGCUACACAAUGACUUAAAGGUUCUGUUCCUUGACCAUCCAAAAAAGAAAAUCAGGGACACCCAAAAAUUCAAACCAUUUAGGAGUCGAGUUAAGAGUGGACGACCGUCUCUGAAACGACUUUCUGAGAAAAUUCUGGGGAUCAAGGUCCAACAGGCAGAGCAUUGUUCAGUCCAGGAUGCCCAGGCAGCGAUGAGGCUCUACAUCAUGGUCAAACGGGAAUGGGAGAGCAGUACUGCAAACCGGCGUGCCCCAGCAGCCACUCCACAGCCCUGCAGUGAGCAUGCUUAGCCCCAUCCUACUGCUGUCAAAACCACCCCGUCCUUCAAUGACUUCUCAAUCCAGCGGCAGUUGGAUAGGGUUAUGAGGCCUGUCAAGUCUGUGCACAGCAGGGACUCUCUCUCUGGUGAGCUUUCUUGGAGCAAUGGCCGCAGACCUGUGGCAUGUAAGCCGCUCGAACUUCCUCCUGAACUACCAGAGCCUAAUCCAGCACCUGUGUGUUGAGGUAGGCCGGACAGAUGCGGGGCAGAAGUCGGGGGUAGGCUCAGAGGAAGGAGAACACUGGAAAAGGUGGGAGUGCUGCAGGGUCUAAGUCUGCUGACCACCUGUGCUACCACUGAACAGUGAGCAUAGCUGGUCCCAGCCAGGGCCCUCAGCCCCUCCCUUAAGGAGUAAGAAGCAUCUUCUCUCGCAGGUAAGGGGAGAAGCUCUGCUGGAUCUAAGGGACCCAGGCUAAGGACAUCCAGUCUGCUGCACCCCAGUCUGGUCAGCAUAGCAACCACCCAUUGAGGACUUUGUUAAGGUUCCUGGGCUGGAGGUACUUUUCACUCCUGUGUCCUUUGCUUGGCCUAAAAUGCCAAUGCCCAGUAAUGUGUUCUCCAGACAGUCCUUGGGGUGAACCUUGGGGCACAGUUACACUCAGAGGUCUAAGAUCCUACCAUCUGGACCAGUGUAAGCAGAAAGGCCAUCUUCCCAUUGUCCCGCCAGCAGCUUUUCUGGCUAGCAGCAAGUAGAGUGACCAGUGAACUUUAUGGACUUAGCUGACAACUCCUAGAACAGGUGUCUACAUCCCAUGUGUAUGAUGACGGAUGUCUGCUUUUAAUGCAGCUAUGGACUGAGGUGUGACUCAGAAAGCACUUGUUUACUAGGUGUAACACCCUGGGGUCCUUUCCCAGUACUGUCAAAAAUAAAUGAAUGGAUAAAAAUUGA